AUGUUACCACCAGGUGGAGAAAACAGCAGUGCCACGUUCAUUCUCUUGGGCUUCUCAGAAUACUCAGAACUGAAAGUUCCCUUCUUCUUGAUAUUUCUCACAGUCUACAGCAUUACUGUGGUGGGGAAUAUCGGCAUGAUCCUCAUAAUCAGAAUUAACCCCAAACUGCACACCCCCAUGUACUUCUUCCUCAGACACCUCUCCUUUGUGGAUUUCUGCUACUCCUCCAUCAUUGCUCUCAAGAUGUUGGUGAACCUACUUGCAAAAGACAGAACCAUUUCCUUUUUAGAGUGUAUAAUCCAGUACUUUUUAUUUUGUGCUUUUGUGGUAACUGAAGCGUUUUUAUUGGUGGUGAUGGCCUAUGAUAGGUUUGUGGCCAUCUGUAACCCCUUGCUCUACACAGUAACCAUGUCCCAGAAGCUCUGUCUCACUCUGGUGGUGGGAUCCUAUGCAUGGGGCUUCACGUGCUCUGUGACACUGACAUGUUCUCUUGCACAAUUGUCUUUUGUUGGUGUCAACACAAUUGACCACUUCUUCUGUGAAUUUUCUUCUUUGCUCGCCCUCUCUUGUUCUAACACACAAGAGACCCAGCUACUGCUAUUCAUUUUUACCACAUUUAAUGCGGUCAGCACACUCCUGCUCAUUCUCUUGUCUUACCUGUUCAUUGUUGUCACCAUUUUGAGGAUGAAUUCAGCCAGUGGACGCCGCAAAGCCUUCUCCACCUGUGCCUCCCACCUGACAGCUAUCACCAUCUUCCAUGGUACCAUUCUGUUCCUCUUCUGUGUGCCCAACUCCAAGAACUCCAGGCUCACAGUCAAAUUGGGCUUCUCAGAUUACCCAGAACUGAAAGUUCCCCUCUUCUUAAUAUUUCUCACUGUCUACAGCAUCACCGUGGUGGGGAAUAUCGGCAUGAUCCUCAUAAUCAGAAUUAACCCCAAACUGCACACCCCCAUGUACUUCUUCCUCAGACACCUCUCCUUUGUGGAUUUCUGCUACUCCUCCAUCAUUGCUCCCAAGAUGCUGUUGAACUUAAUUGUAAAAGACAGAACCAUUUCCAUUUUAGAAUGUAUAAUACAAUAUUUUCUCUUUGCUAUUUUUGUAGUAACAGAAGCAUUUUUGUUGGUGGUGAUGGCCUAUGAUAGGUUUGUGGCCAUCUGUAACCCCUUGCUCUACACAGUAACCAUGUCCCAGAAGCUCUGUCUCACUCUGGUGGUGGGAUCCUAUGCAUGGGGCUUCACGUGCUCUGUGACACUGACAUGUUCUCUUGCACAAUUGUCUUUUGUUGGUGUCAACACAAUUGACCACUUCUUCUGUGAAUUUUCUUCUUUGCUCGCCCUCUCUUGUUCUAACACACAAGAGACCCAGCUACUGCUAUUCAUUUUUACCACAUUUAAUGCGGUCAGCACACUCCUGCUCAUUCUCUUGUCUUACCUGUUCAUUGUUGUCACCAUUUUGAGGAUGAAUUCAGCCAGUGGACGCCGCAAAGCCUUCUCCACCUGUGCCUCCCACCUGACAGCUAUCACCAUCUUCCAUGGUACCAUUCUGUUCCUCUUCUGUGUGCCCAACUCCAAGAACUCCAGGCUCACAGUCAAAGUGGGUUCCCUGUUUUACACCCUCGUUAUCCCCAUGUUGAACCCCCUGAUCUACAGUUUGAGGAAUAAGGAUGUUAAGGAGUCUAUCAUGAGAGUAAUGACCAUGAUUCCCUGUGUUAAGGAUGUUAGUCAUAAUCGAAAUUGUCAGAUAGUUGGAGAUUAA